AUGGCCUCCGACGAGAACCCCGAGUUCGACUACGAAGCUCUCCCUUCCAACUAUGGCCUUGGCCGCAACAUGUUAGCGGGUGCUUUCGCCGGAAUCGCGGAACACUCGGUUAUGUACCCCGUGGACUUGCUCAAGACUCGCAUGCAAAUUCUGAACCCUUCAUCUGGCGGUCUCUACACGGGAUUGACCAACGCGGUCUCUACAAUCUACCGGGUUGAGGGCUGGCGGACACUAUGGAAGGGUGUCUCCAGUGUGGUUGUUGGCGCCGGUCCGGCACACGCCGUGUAUUUCGGCACAUACGAGGUUGUGAAGGAAAUGGCAGGUGGUAAUGUCGACGACGGACACCACCCUUUCGCUGCCGCUGCGAGUGGUGCCGCCGCUACGAUCGCCAGCGAUGCGCUGAUGAACCCAUUCGAUGUCAUGAAGCAGCGUAUGCAGGUUCACGGCUCCGUCCACAAGACCCUGGCGCAAUGCGCCAAGACCCUCUACCGCACCGAAGGUCUCCAGGCCUUCUACGUCUCCUACCCUACCACACUUUGCAUGACCGUGCCCUUCACGGCCACCCAGUUCGUUGCCUACGAAACGAUCUCUAAGUCGAUGAACCCCAAGCAAAAUUAUGACCCCUUCACCCAUUGCAUUGCAGGUGGUUUGGCUGGUGCUUUCGCCGCUGGUAUCACCACUCCUCUCGACGUUGUCAAGACCCUUCUCCAAACCCGAGGCCUUGCGCAAAACCAGGAGGUUCGAUCCGCCAAGGGCUUGUUAGACGCCGCUAGCAUCAUCAAGCGCCAAUUUGGCUGGGCCGGCUUCCUGCGUGGCAUGCGGCCUCGCAUCAUUUCCACCAUGCCUAGCACUGCGAUUUGCUGGACCUCCUAUGAAAUGGCCAAGGCCUACUUCAAGGAACAGUACGAUUAA